UCUGAUUGUUUGAAGUUGUGAUAAUCAGCUUGACUCAGAGGCCUCUCAAGGCUAUUCAUCGGUGGGUUGUACGAAUCUUCUGUAAUUAUAGUUAUUGCAAAAUGUAUGGGAAUGAAGGGAUGGAAAGGCUUAUACCUCUUGUUAAUAAGCUUCAGGAUGCUUUCGCAUCUCUUAACCUUCCUCUGAACCUUGAUUUACCUCAGAUUGCAGUUGUAGGAAGCCAAAGUGCUGGUAAAAGCUCAGUGCUGGAAAACUUCGUGGGGCGUGAUUUCCUACCGAGAGGCAGUGGUAUAGUCACAAGGAGACCGCUUAUUCUGCAACUGGUCCAUGAUAAGUCAGUUGAAUAUGGGGAAUUUAUUCACUGUAAAAAUAAAAAGUUCACGGAUUUUGAUGACAUCCGACGGGAAAUCGAACAGGAAACGGACAGAAUCACUGGCUCUAAUAAGGGUAUCUCAAACAUUCCAAUCAACCUCAGGAUCCAUUCCCCCAGCGUCCUCAAUCUUACCCUUAUUGACCUUCCUGGAAUGACCAAGGUUCCUGUUGGCGAUCAGCCACCGGAUAUCGAAACUCAAAUCCGCAACAUGAUCAUUGAAUUUAUCGAGAGAGAUUCCUGUCUUAUUUUGGCUGUUAGCCCUGCUAAUUCAGACCUCGCUAAUUCCGAUGCCUUGAAACUUGCUAAGGAAUAUGACCCACAGGGUCUGCGUACUAUCGGGGUAAUAACAAAGUUAGAUUUGAUGGAUGAAGGAACAGAUGCACAGGAAAUUCUCGAAAAUAGAUUACUCCCAUUAAGAAGAGGUUAUAUAGGUGUAGUCAACAGAAGCCAGCGAGAUAUAGAUGGGCGCAAAAAUAUCACUGCUGCCUUGGAAGCCGAACGUAGAUUUUUCCUUUCACAUCCCAGUUAUCGUCAUAUGGCUGAUCGUAUGGGAACUCCUUAUCUCCAACGUAUACUUAAUCAACAACUAACGAACCAUAUCCGCGAUACUCUGCCACAUCUACGUAGUCGGCUACAAGCCCAACUAAUUAGUUUGGAAAAAGAAGUUUCUGACUUUCGUAAUUAUCGUCCAGACGACCCAGCUUAUAAAACAAAAGCAUUGCUACAGAUGGUUCAGUCAUUUGAAGCAGAAUUUUCUCAAAAUAUUAGUGGACAUGUAGCUGACGUCAAUACACAAAUAUUGUCUGGAGGUGCUGAGAUUAAUCGCGUGUUUCAUGAACGUUUUAGAUAUGAUUUACUCAAGAUUGAAUUUGAUGAAAAAACUCUACGCAAAGAAAUCGCUGUUGCUAUUCAAAAUAUUCAUGGUGUCAGGCCUGGAUUGUUUACACCGGAUAUGGCAUUUGAUGCUACAGUACGAAAACAGAUUGAAAAACUUCGAAUUCCAUCAUUAAAAUGUGUUGACAUGGUUGUAUCUAAAUUGACCGAUGUUUUGCAACAAUGUAGUGAUAAGGUAGGACGAUUUCCACGGCUUCGUGAAGAAAUUGAACGUGUUGUCAAUAUGCGGGUUCGUGAAUUAGAAAUAGCUACUAAAGAACAAAUUCAAACAUUAAUUGAUUUUCAAUUAGCUUAUAUGAAUACAAAUCAUGAAGAUUUUAUUGGUUUCCAAAAUGCUGAGCAACGAGCAAGUGAUAGUUCCAAAAGUAAACUUGGCAAUCAAGUAAUCUGUAAAGGGUGGCUUAAUUUGAUCAAUCCAAGUCUAUUGCGUGGGGGUAGUCGUUAUUGUUGGUUCGUAUUAACUACAGAUACAUUGACUUGGUACAAAGAUGAUGAAGAACGUGAGAGACGAUUUGUUCUUCCUUUAGAUGGAUUAAAACAACGUAGCGGUGAUACAGGAUUCUUUUCAAAACGACCAACGUUUGUCCUUCAUCAUCCAGAUCCUAAAGUUAAUUUGUACAAAGAUCACAAAACUUUAGAUUUAUCUGCAGAUACAGAAGAAGCGGUUGAAGCUUGGAAAGCUGCUUUAGUUCGGGCUGGAGUGUUUCAUGAUCCAUCUGGAAAACCAGACGAACAGACUGAUGAUGGUGAUACGAAUAAAAUACCGACUGAUCCUAAACUUGAAAGACAAGUAGAAAUUAUACGUAAUUUAGUUGACUCCUACAUGAAAAUCGUUACUAAAACACAACGUGAUAUGGUUCCGAAAAUAAUUAUGCAUCAAUUAAUUAAUGAGAUCAAGAUUUUUCUAAAAGGCGAUCUCUUGCCCAAAUUGUAUUCACAAGACCCUAACAAUCUUAUGGAAGAGUCAUCAGCUGAGAAAAACCAUCGUGAAGAAAUUAUACGUAUGUAUGAUUCAAUACGUGAGGCAUUAUCAGUUAUAUCAGAUGUCAUAGCUAAUACGCAUAGUGUCCCAUUACCUCCACCUGUCAGUGAUGACUGGAUUGAGACGGAGUUAUCUACUGGAUCAAAUAAUGUUCGUCGACCACUUCCUUCUAGUAAUGCAUCUCAUUCCGGUCAUCACAGUACUAGUACAACACAAAGACCUUUAAGUCCUAAUAAUAUCACAUCAAAUUCUAAUCGUCCCAUACCUUCAAGACCAGCACCAAAUUUACCUAUACGGCAUACUUUGAAUCCCCCAACAAUUGUAACUACAGCCCCUGGUCAACUUCCAGCUCCACUUCUUCCUCAUUGAAAUCUUUUCGUAAGACCGAAUUGGUAAUUUUGGUGGAGUUUUGUUCUCAGAGCUACAAAUCUUCUCUACCACCGAAUUGGUAAAGAAAUACCGACGACCUUUGGUAAACUAAUCAGAAUUAAAAUAAUACAUUUUGCAUGUUUGCAUGAAAUUGAAAACAAAGUGAAAGAUAGCUUGUAUUUCAUUGUAAAGUAAGUGAAAUUUGGCAAUAUAUGGUUCCCUAAACACGUAUAAUUACUUUUUUAAAAAUAUCUGUUGUGUUGCCAAACAGUGAAUGUGACGUAAUGUUUAGGCUAAAUUACAAGAAAUACUUGGUACUAGUGCAGAUUUUAUGUAAUAUUACUUGAUAUGAUUCAAUGAAUAGUUAAAGAUGUUAGAAUUCUCCAACUUUAAUUCUCAACCCUAAUUUUCAUAAGCUAAUCAAUAAAGAACUGACAAAACAUCACUGCAAUGUAGCUAAUAUCAUUUCAUAACAAAAACUAAUCCUAACUUAGUACACUUAUCCAUUUCCUAAUAAGUAACCUCAGCCUUCUACCUCUACUAUCAUGAAUAAUUUAACAUGUAUAGUUUGGUAAAUCCUACAAACUAUUUAUCGCUUUUCAUUGUUAGUUAUUGUAUAACUAAACACUAUCCACUGAUUGGCUCAAGGUCCUCAGUAUCGCUUACUUUUAUCACAGAAUUUCACCUUCUUGUGCAUCAAUAUUAUGAUCGUGUUUUAGUUAUAAAAAAGACAACAAGCUGUUCUAUUCAAAACUGCUUUAUCGUACUAUUAUUAACAUUAUACAUCGUCUAUAUGUAUAUUCUUUAUAUCAAUCUGCAGGCGAAUGCCACAAUUCAAUAAUGGUCUUUCUCAAAGUGCAAGUACUGGCAACCUUCCAGGUACUAUAUCUUCCGGUGGUAUUGGUGGAAAUACAUUUAUGACUACUAACCCAUCGAAUGGUUCAACACCAAAUACCACUUAUUCUACUACUAAUGCACCGUGGGUUUCAUUUGAUCCUCUUUUUAAUCAAUCCCAAUCAAGUGCAAUAGCACCACCGAUUCCACCACCGAAAUUAACAUCGUUAUCUGGUAAUCUUGGACACCCAAGUAUACCGGAACGUCCAGGUAACGUUGGUAUGCCGCGCAUUCCUCCUCGACCAACUUCAUGAAUCAGUGUGUUGUUUAUUUAUUUAUUCUAAUUUACGCAUAUACUUUACGGAUUUAUACAUACAAAUUCCAGGUUAAUGUCCUUUGAAGUAUUUUUCUCCUCAUUUUCAUAAACCAAUUUUUAAAAAUAAUAUUGUGUAUGCUCAACUGUUUUCUACCCAGACAUUUGUAUGGUGGUAUGUAUCCUGUUUUCACUGUUUAACAAGUAAACGAAAAUUUUAUUCAUUUCCUCGUUUACUUGUUUUUAUCACUGUUGAUUCCUAUUGUUCUCACAAUGCACUUUUAUCAUAGAGCCAAAAAUAUCCAACACAAAUGUAUUCGUUGGUCGAUUUCUCUUUCUACGAGUAUUUCGCUCGUUCUCAUUCGCUCUCUUAACACUCAGAAUAUUAUCCAUACACUCACAUAUGUAUCUGAAAUCUCUUCAGUUACCUGUGUAUCGUUUUUAUUUUUUUCAAAGAUCUCACGGGUUCUGUCAUUUUUUCCCAGUACAUAAUUUCAUUUUUGUGUAUAAAUGUGUGAUGUUCGCUUGAAUAAUCUCUAUUUUAAUAAUGAUUUUUGAUUUUUAUUUCAUGUGUUAAUGAUUUUGAUCAGUUCUAUAUACUACUACUUACUUACGCCUGUUACCCCUCGUGGAGGAGCAUAGGUCACCCACCAGCAUUCUCCAUACUACUAAUAUAUAUUCCGUAUAUUCGUCCGACAUUAUAUGUAGCCGUAUGAUUGGUUAGUUGUCUGGUUGGUCAACUGAUUUGAUUUUCUCUGUCAUUUUCGAUUAAGCAAAUAUUCUUCCAGAUUUCUAUUCACUCUUCAACACUUAAUUCCUGUUUUUCUGGUCAGGAUUAGUGUAUUAGAUGCAGUGAGAUUUCUCCCUAUCUACUGUUCAUUUCGACCGACCUUACCUUUAAAAAAAUAAUAAAACACUUGAUAUUGUUGUCGUUUUAACUCACUUCUUUGAUAAUGUUUGUUUAAUCAAAAUUAGACAAGAUGAUAAAGUUAGUCUUUUGCAAGUCAGAUUCUAUAUCAACUUGAUUGACUUUCUCUGUACUAAUUCACUUCAAUUUAUUCAGUUUGUUCUAACUAUAGAUGCUUCUAGUUUAUUUCAAGAACUUUUUCUUUUUUUUAAAUGGUCAUCGAACUGUUGAAGUGAAAUUUUCUUUGAAAAACCUAAUUUUCUUAUGAAAUUGAAAUCGCCUUUCAUUUGUUCUUUUACUGAAUCAUUUAAUGUCUUUUUAUACUUUAGUAUGUGAAUACUUCGUCAUCAAAUUCUCUCUCCUUGGAAAUUAAUUAUUGUCUAAUUAUUUUGUUUCUUUUUUCUAAUGAAUUAUGUUUUAUUCGUUCAUUUGAACAGUUUGAAUUUUUAUUUAAGAAUAUAACUAUCCUUACUGCUUUUUUAUAAAAAGAUUGAAUCGAUAUUGUUUAUAUAUGAUGAAUUGAAAUGCAAAAUCAGUUUCUUUAUUUGUUUCAUUUGUUUAAAGAAAAUAAAUUUUCAGAAUGAA